UCACUCCCUCCUCCAAUUGCCAUAUAAAAACCACACGUGUAGUCCCGACUCGUCACGAACUUUCUCUAACCCUCCAAAAAAUUCGAAACGCCCAUUUUUAUUAACCAAACUCCCUUAUUCAAACCCCCCAAAAAAAAUCAAAUUCCCUCACUUUCCUGAGAAAAUCCUUACAAAUCUAACUAAAAUUCUUGUUUCUUGAGAAAAAAAUAAUAAAACAUGUGGACCAGGCCAUUUCAGAAGAGUGACGUGGAGGCCGGAGCGAGGCCUCUAUACCCAAUGAUGCUUGAAAGCCCAGAGCUCCGGUGGGCCUUCAUUCGCAAGAUCUAUUCGAUCUUAACCGUCCAAUUGUUAGUCACAAUAGCCGUUGCCGCAACAGUCGUUUCUAUCCCUCCGAUCGCUCUCUUCUUCGUCAGCAGUGGGGCCGGCCUCGCUCUCUACAUCGUACUCAUCAUCACUCCCUUCAUCGUGUUAUGUCCCUUGUUUUAUUACCACCAGAAGCACCCGGUGAAUUACGUAUUACUUGGGGUUUUUACCGUCUCGCUUGCCUUUGCGGUUGGAUUGACUUGUGCAUUUACCAGUGGGAAGGUUAUAUUGGAAUCCGUCAUUCUAACAACUGUGGUCGUUGUGAGUCUCACUCUAUACACAUUCUGGGCAGCAAGGAGAGGCCAUGAUUUCAACUUCCUUGGACCCUUUUUGUUCGGUGCUGUGCUUGUUCUUAUGGUCUUUGCAAUGAUUCAGAUUCUGUUUCCGCUGGGUAAGCUAUCUGUGAUGAUCUACGGGUGCUUGGCAUCGAUCAUAUUCUGCGGGUACAUUGUUUAUGACACAGACAACUUGAUCAAACGCUAUUCCUAUGAUGAGUACAUCUGGGCUGCUGUCUCCUUGUAUUUGGAUAUCAUCAACCUCUUUCUAUCUUUGCUAACUAUUUUCAGAGCUGCUGAUAGCUGAAAAAUUCAUGUUUACUUGUAUAUGUUUUGGAAUAUCUCUGUAUGGUAGAAUGUCAAAAUGUUGUAAACCACUCUACUCUGUAAGUUGGUAAAUAUUUAAUCGAGUGGGAUUUUGUUCAGUUGCAUAUCUGUUUCUUGUUUUCUGUUAUUUGCCCAUUUUGCUGAUAAUGGAAGCAAUUUGAAUCA